AUGCCGAUCAACAGCAAGCUGGUGCACCGAGUCUGCGUCGUCGGCGGCGGCUCGUGGGGCACCGCCGUCGCCAAGCUCGUCUCGGAGAACACCGAGCGCUGGCCCGAGUUUGAGCCGCUCGUGAAGCUCUGGGUGCACGACGCCGCGCUCGCCGCAACGAUCAACGAACAGCACGAGAACACAAAGUACCUGCCGGGCGUCAAGAUGCCGGACGCGGUCGUCGCCGAGGCCGAUCUCUCCGCGGCGCUCUCGCUCGCCACGCUCGUGAUCAUCGCCGUUCCGCACGAGUUUCUGCACGGCGAGAUCUUUCGCAAAAUUCUGGUGGGCGGCGCUGCAAACUGCCGCGUGUGCUCGCUGGUCAAGGGGCUCGACGUUGUCGACGGCCGCCCGGCGCUCGUCACCGAGCGCAUGAGGCGCGACCUGCUCGGCCUCGACGUCUCGGUGCUGAUGGGGGCAAACAUCGCCGCCGAGGUGGCGGCGGGAAGCUUCUGCGAGGCGACGCUGGGCGUGCGCACGGCGGAGGACGGGCCGGUGUGGCAGCGCGUGUUCAACCGGCCGUGGUUCCGCGUCAACGUCGUGAUGGAUGCAACCGGGGUCGAGCUCUGCGCGGCGCUCAAGCCGAUCGCGGCCAUCGUGCGGGUGGGGCUCGAGGAGAUGCGCCGCUUCUCAAAGCUCUUCUUCCCCCACGUCCGCACCGCAACCUUCUUCGAGGCGUGCGGCGUCGCCGAGGUUGUCGUCUCCGCCUACUCGGGCCGCACCCGCCGCUGCGCAGAGGCGUUUGCGCGUGAGGUUGCGGCCGGCGGGCCAGCGCCCAACUGGGCGGCGCUUGAGCUCGAGCUGCUCGGAGACCAGAAGCUGCCCGCGAUGCACCGCCUCCGCGAGGUGAUGGAGUGCGUGCGCGCGCAGGGACCGCGCGCGCAGGCGCGAUUCCCGCUCUUCUCGGCCAUCCACGCGAUCGCGUUCCACGGCGCCCCCCCGAGCCGCGUCCUCAAGCUGCCCGAGAGGAGAAUUUCUUAA